GAUCCGGGGCGGCGAUGCGGGCAAAGGCCCGGGGGCGACUGCCGGGGCGGCUGCUGCUGCUGCUGGCGCUCUGCGUGCAGGCGGCACGGCCCAUGGGCUAUUUCGAGCUGCAGCUGAGCGCGCUGCGGAACGUGAACGGGGAGCUGCUGAGCGGCGCCUGCUGUGACGGCGACGGCCGGACGACGCGCGCGGGGGGCUGCGGCCACGACGAGUGCGACACGUACGUGCGCGUGUGCCUCAAGGAAUACCAGGCCAAGGUGACGCCCACGGGGCCCUGCAGCUACGGCCACGGCGCCACGCCCGUGCUGGGCGGCAACUCCUUCUACCUGCCGCCGGCGGGCGCCGCGGGGGAUCGGGCGCGGGCACGGGCCCGGGCCGGAGGCGACAAGGACCCCGGCCUCGUCGUCAUCCCCUUCCAGUUCGCCUGGCCGCGCUCCUUCACCCUCAUCGUGGAGGCCUGGGACUGGGACAAUGACACCACCCCGGAUGAGGAGCUGCUGAUCGAGCGGGUGUCGCACGCGGGCAUGAUCAACCCCGAGGACCGCUGGAAGAGCCUGCACUUCAGCGGCCAUGUGGCGCACCUGGAGCUGCAGAUCCGUGUGCGCUGCGACGAGAACUAUUACAGCGCCACGUGCAACAAGUUCUGCCGGCCGCGCGACGACUUCUUCGGCCACUACACCUGCGACCAGUAUGGCAACAAAGCCUGCAUGGACGGCUGGAUGGGCCAGGAGUGCAAGGAGGCGGUGUGUAAACAGGGGUGUAAUCUGCUCCACGGGGGGUGUGCCGUGCCCGGGGAAUGCAGGUGCAGCUACGGCUGGCAGGGGCGGUUCUGCGACGAGUGCGUCCCAUACCCUGGCUGUGUCCACGGCAGCUGUGUGGAUCCCUGGCAGUGCAAUUGUGAGACCAACUGGGGCGGUCUGCUCUGCAACAAAGACCUGAACUACUGCGGCAGCCACCACCCUUGCACCAACGGGGGCACGUGCAUCAACGCCGAGCCCGACCAGUACCACUGCGCCUGUCCCGAUGGCUACUCGGGGAAGAACUGUGAGCGGGCCGAGCACGCCUGUGCCUCCGACCCGUGCGCCAACGGGGGCUCUUGUCACGAGGUGCCCUCUGGCUUCGAAUGCCACUGCCCAUCAGGCUGGAGCGGGCCCACCUGUGCUCUCGACAUCGACGAGUGUGCCUCCAACCCCUGCGCGGCAGGGGGCACCUGCGUGGACCAGGUGGACGGCUUCGAGUGCAUCUGCCCCGAGCAGUGGGUGGGGGCCACCUGCCAGCUGGACGCCCAUGAGUGUGAGGGGAAGCCGUGCCUUAAUGCUUUUUCUUGCAAAAACCUGAUUGGUGGCUAUUACUGUGAUUGCGUCCCGGGCUGGAAGGGCAUCAGUGCCACAUCAGUCAACAUCAAGGACUGUCGUGGGCAGUGUCAGCACGGUGGCAUCUGCAAAGACCUGGCGACCGGCUACCAGUGUGUGUGCCCACGGGGCUUCGGCGGCCGGCACUGUGAGCUGCAGCUGAACUCGUGUGCCAGCAACCCCUGCCAUGGUGGCCUCUGUGAGGACCUGGGGGACGGCUUCCGCUGCCGCUGCUCCAAGGGCACCUCGGGGCCGCUCUGCGAGGUAGACGUAGACUUCUGUCAGCCCAGCCCCUGCCAGAACGGAGCUCGCUGCUACAACCUGGAGGGCGACUAUUACUGCGCAUGCCCUGACGACGUGGGCGGCAAGAACUGUUCUGUGCCCAGGGAGUCGUGCCCGGGCGGGGCCUGCAGAGUGAUCGAUGGGUGCGGGUUUGAGUCGGAGUCCAGAGUGGCGGGCAGGGCCCCUUCUGGUGUAUGUGGUCCCCACGGACACUGCGUCAGCCUGCCUGGGGGCAACUUCUCCUGCGUGUGCGACAGCGGCUUCACGGGCGCCUACUGCCAUGAGAACAUCGACGAUUGCCUGGGGCAGCCGUGCCGCAAUGGGGGCACGUGCAUCGAUGAGGUGGACGCAUUCCGCUGCUUCUGCCCCAGCGGCUGGGAGGGCGAACUCUGUGACACUAAUCCCAACGACUGCCUUCCCGAUCCCUGCCACAGCCGCGGCCGCUGCUACGACCUGGUCAACGACUUCUAUUGCGCCUGUGACGACGGCUGGAAGGGCAAGACCUGCCACUCGCGCGAGUUCCAGUGUGAUGCCUACACCUGUAGCAACGGUGGCACGUGCUAUGACAGCGGGGACACCUUCCGCUGUGCCUGCCCCCCGGGCUGGAAGGGCAGCACCUGCAACAUAGCCGAGAACAGCAGCUGCCUGCCCAACCCCUGCGUGAACGGGGGCACCUGUGUGGGCAGCGGGGACUCCUUCUCCUGCAUCUGCCGGGACGGCUGGGAGGGCCGCACCUGCACGCACAAUACCAACGACUGCAAUCCCCUGCCUUGCUACAACGGUGGUGUCUGCGUUGACGGGGUCAACUGGUUCCGCUGCGAGUGUGCCCCUGGCUUCGCGGGUCCCGACUGCCGCAUCAAUAUCGACGAGUGCCAGUCCUCGCCUUGUGCCUACGGGGCCACGUGCGUGGAUGAGAUCAACGGCUAUCGAUGCAGCUGCCCGCCAGGCCGGGCCGGCCCACGGUGCCAGGACGUGAUUGUCUUUGGGAGGUCCUGCUGGUCACAGGGCGUACCCUUCCCGCACGGGGGCUCCUGGGUGGAGGAUUGUAACAGCUGCCGCUGCGUGGACGGUCGCCGGGACUGCAGCAAGGUGUGGUGCGGGCGGAAGCCUUGCCUGCUGGCCGGCCGGCCCGACGCCCUAAGCGCCCAGUGCCCGCCAGGGCAGCGGUGCCGGGAGAAGGCCCCCGGCCAGUGCCUGCAGCCACCCUGCGCGGCGUGGGGCGAGUGUGGCGCCGACGAGCCCCUGCUGCCCAGCACCCUGUGCUUGCCGCGCUCCAGCCACUUGGACAACAACUGUGCACGCCUCACUUUGCACUUCAAUCGAGACCGAGUGCCCCAGGGCACCACCGUGGGCGCCAUCUGCUCCGGGAUCCGCGCCCUGCCCGCCACAAGGGCGGUGGCCCGUGACCGCCUGCUGGUGCUGCUCUGUGACCGGCCGUCUUCUGGGGCCAGCGCAGUCGAGGUGGCUGUGUCCUUCAGCCCCGCGAGGGACCUGCCCGACAGCGGCCUGAUCCAGAGCACGGCGCACGCCAUCGUAGCCGCCAUCACCCAGCGGGGCAACAGCUCGCUGCUGUUGGCGAUCACCGAGGUCAAAGUGGAGACGGUGGUCGUGGGCGGCUCUUCCGUGGGUCUGCUGGUGCCGGUGCUGUGCGGCGUGUUCAGCGUGCUGUGUCUGGCGUGUGUGGUCGUUUGCGUGUGGUGGACCCGGAAGCGCAGGAAAGAGCGGGAGAGGAGCCGGCUGCCGCGGGAGGAGAGCGCCAACAACCAGUGGGCCCCUCUCAACCCCAUCCGCAACGCCAUCGAGCGGCCGGGCGUCGGCGGCCACAAAGACGCGCUGUACCCGUGCAAGAACUUCACGCCGCCUCCGCGCCGGGUGGGCGAGCUGCUGCCCGGGCCCGCGGGCUGCAGGGCAGGCGGGGGGGAGGACGACGACGACGAGGAGCCCGGCCGCGCCGAGGGUGACUGCCUGGAGGCCGAGAAGUUCCUCUCCCACAAAUUCACCAAAGACCCCAGCUGCUCGCCCGGGAGGCCGGCCCGCUGGGCCUCGGGCCCCAAAGUGGACAACCGCGCGGUCAGGAGCGCCAGUGACUCGCGCCACGCCGGCCCGGAGUAGCGCGGAGGCCGGCCCUCGGGGCCGCCACCGGGACCCUUCACCGGGCGCCACACCACCCGCCAGAUGGAAGGAGGCCCAGGCCGUGUGCAUAGUUUCUUUAUUUUGUGUAAAAAAACACCAAAAACCAAAAACAAAUGUUUAUUUUCUACGUUUCUUUAACCUUGUAUAAAUUAUUCGAUGACCGUCAGGCGGAGAACAAUGGAGUAUUCUCGGAUAGUUGCUAUUUUUGUAACGUUUCUGUGUGUCGCACUCGCUGUGUGGCAGGAGAGAGCAAAGGGUGUCUGUGUCCUCACCAAAUCGUCUGUUCGUUAGCAGAGGUGGUGCACUGUUUACAGAAUCUUCCUUAUUAUUCCUCAUUUGGCGUUCUCGGUGGCUCCAGGCCAAAGAGCCAGUGGGACCUGUGGCUGUUGAUGUGGCCCAUGGCGUUGGUGGGACAACCCACGGCUGUUGGCGUGCCUCAUGGCAUCGGUGGGACCCGCGGUGACACAACGGCCCGUGGCCGUCGGUGGGACCACCCGUGGCUCUUGGCGUGGCUCGUAGUUGUUGAUAUGGCCUGAGGCUGUCCGUGGGACCCGUGGCUGUCGGUGGGACCCCCUGUGGCUGACAGCGCAGCCCAUGGUUGUCGGUGUGGCCUGAGGCUGUCGGUGGGACCCGUGAUGUGCGGCGUGGCCCGUGGCUGUCGGUGGCGCGUGAGGUCAGCAGAGGCCUGCGUUCGGCAGGGCCGGGGCCCCCGGGGGGCAGACCCCGGUUGGCUCCCUGGCCGGCCCCUCCUGCCCGCCGACCUCGCCUACUCCUGCCUGGAGCGCUCGCUGUAGAGAUCUCUCAACUGUGUUUUCGGAAGUGCCCUUCCCGACUGCUCUGUUGUCCCUGGGACGGGGGCAGCGUCGAAGCUCACGACAAGUGCCUUCACACAGACUCUCCCCUCGCAACGGUCCGCGUCUGCCGUGGACUCCAGGCUGCUGCCCACCUGCCGGCCCCGGCCCCCCUCCUCGUGAAAGUGCAUUUUUGUAAAUAUGUACAUAUUAAAUGAAUCACUCUGUAUAUUUGAUUUAAUAACUUAAACGUUUUGGCCUCCCUU